GCUUCCUUGUUGUGAUUCCUACUCUAACCGGUAGGUGGUGGUAUUGCGUCAAAUUGUUGUUUGCCAACCGCCAUUGCAAAGCAAGAAGAAGCAGGCUCCUCCUUCGCUUCCCCUCCUCCUCGUCCUCUUGUUGCACAAGAGAAAUGGGAGGGAUUUGUUACAAAACUUACACACCGUGUGGCGGCAAACAGUUUGCGCCUACAUCUACUGUGAAUGUUGAAGUCCAUAGCUGUGCAGUCAGCUGGGAUUUAUUCACUGACAACAACUUACCGAGUGUAACGACAUGUCUACCAGACAAACGAAACGCGAAGCUACUAUGAAGUACUUGACUCCAGAUACCAACGCGACAGUCCGACGGUCAUCUCGGAGGGCUGUCGCCCCGAAGCGGCUCGACUUUUCUCCAGACGUGGCGGAUGAAACGGUGGCGGCUAAAAAAGCAAAAACCACAAACGAAAUGCCAGAGAAGAAGAGGAUAAAGGAUGAAGAUGAAUUGGACCAGACAGCUAGUGUUGCAGGGCUGUCUGCAUAUGAACUGGAGCGCCUUGAGAACAUCAGGAAGAACCAGGCCUUUCUGUCCUCCAUCAACUUACUCCAGGCCAGAGAGGAUUUGCAUCAGACCAUACGACCAAAGCCGUCACAGCGAGGUUUGAGGCCCCAGUCAGCUGUUAAAGAAGUACUUCCCCCUCGUAAAUCCCUACGCCUUCAGAAUAAACCAGCAGAAAAGUUGACUCUUCCCAAAGAACCCAUUAAUUUGCUUCAUCCUGCUCUGACCAGCGUAUUAAAGAAGCCCAGUGGCGCUCUGCACAUGAAUCCCAUAAAUCAGGAUGGGGGUUUCAAGCUGCCACCAGAGCUUCUGCAGCUCUGCUCAGAGGACACAAAGAAGGAGAAGAGGAAGCUUGAUUUAAAAGAGUACAUUUCUGCACUGAAAAACCUUAAGAUAAGAGAAGACGAUGUGGUCAAAGUGGUGAAGGAUCGCAUCUUCUCUGCAGCCUUCCAUCCUUGCAGCAGCAGCCUCUUGCUCGCUGCUGGAGACAAGUGGGGGAAAGUAGGACUGUGGAAUAUGGGCGCUGAAUUUGGCGAUGACGGUGUUCUGCUCUUUGAGCCCCACUCUCGUCCGGUGGGCAGCAUGGCGUUCUCCAGGUGUCAUCCUAACCAGCUGCUGAGCGCCAGCUACGAUGGAUCCUUGCGCUGCAUGGAUGUAGAGAAGGCCAUAUUUGAUGAUGUGUAUGACAUUGAUGAUGGCCUGAAAACAUUUGCUUUUAUGUCACAUGACUGUUCAACACUUCUGACAGGGAACUGGUUUGGAGAGGUUGCCAUCGUCGACAGGCGGACUCCAGGAAACUCCCAUGAGUCUCUUCACUCCCUAAACACCAAGGCUGUUCGCUGUGUAGAUGUCCAUCCUCUCCAGAUGCAGUACUUUGUCGCAGCAGAAAGCAGGACAGUAAGUAUUUAUGACAGCAGAUACUUGAAGAAGACCCAAAGCAAGGCAGUGUCUCACCUGAAUGGGCACGCGCUAUCCAUCACCAGCGCUUAUUUCUCACCUUGCACUGGGAGCCGAGUGCUCACCUCAUGCCUGGACAAUCACAUAAGGAUAUACGACACAUCUUCAUUGACUACUGAACCUCCCAUGAUUAAAUCCAUCAGUCAUGACAUGCAGACGGGCCGCUGGUUGUCAAAGCUCUCGGCGGUGUGGGACCCCAAGCAGGAGGACUGCUUUGUGGUAGGAAGUGUGAAAAGACCCCGGCGGGUGGAGGUGUUCCACGAAAGUGGGCAGCUGCUGCACUCUUUCCUGGAUGAGAACCUUGGCACGGUGCUGUCCGUCACCGCCUUUCAUCCCACAAGAAACGCCCUUCUGGGGGGGAAUUCAUCAGGACGCAUGCACGUCUUCCACAGUUGGAACGAAGACCAGUGAGUUUACAACUGUCAUCUCUGGGUGAGAUGAGUAUUGUAGGAAAGAGCUGACUACACAGAUACUGGCAGAAAUAAUUAGAAAGCUCAUAAAAAAAAGGUUGAUUUAGCAAAGAUUUAUUAAUGAGGGUCUCUGUAUUCGUCAGAGUCUAUAAAAAUCCAUUCCAGAUGUGUUGCACCUUUUCUAAAAAAAGAGCUUUUUUUGUCUUUAUUUUAGAUUGUUGCUCAUAAGACUUUCAUAGUCUGACUUCUCAGGGGUUUUUUACCCUUUUGUUCACAGUUCACUGAGUUGCCAUUGCAACUGCCUGUGUCCUGCUUCUAUGCACUUCCUACAUGCGUUCCUAGUGUUAAUAUAUUAAUUCCUUUAUUGUUGUCUUCAGAAUUUCUUUACGUUGUAUCCUCUAUAAAGAAGAUGACUUGCUCAUUCUUUGAAACAAAUCUUAUUGAUUUAAAGGCUUUUUUUAGGGGGAGAUUUGACCACAUGCCUUCUUAGUUUUACAGAAAUGUAACUAUUGUGGUUUAUUUAUGUUACUUUGGACAGGAUUCAACAAACUUCAGCAUAUUUAAACAUCUUUGGUUUGAGGUUAGUUUUCUAAGUAAUGUUGAAAAUUUUGCACCAUUUUUUUUUUAUUACAAAAGUUUGAAAAUACGGAAAGUCCUCUGCAUUGUUUGUGGAACAUUUUUUUUUAAUGUUUAUAUCUUUGUGAUGUUUACAUGAAAUCAAUAAAGCUAUGUAGUGAAUAUGACUGCUAAAGAGAUUUCAUUCCCAAAUUUUGUGUCACCUCUCGGAUGCAGCAGCUUGACAAAUUUUCCACAUGUUCUUAUGUGGCUGACCUGAAUUAUUUAUUAUAAAUAGGUAAUCAAUA